AUGGAAACUGAAGUACGAGCCGCUACUGCUAAGGAUGAAACCUUACAACGGGUUAUCAACGCUCUUGAAUCGGAAGUUUGGCCCAAAACCCUGAGCAAAUUCAAAUGUAUAGCAGAGGAUUUAUCGGUUCUUAACGGUAUUGUAAUGAAAAGAGGAUGCGCUGUAAUUCCAGAACUUCUACGGAAAAGAGCACUGGACAUAGCUCAUACUGGACACCCUCUGGCAGCAAAACUAAAAAGUAUCCUGCGUGAACGGGUUUGGUGGCCAGGUAUGACAGUUGAUGCUGAGCAGUGGGUAGAAGGCUGCCAGGCAUGCGCUACAACUGGGAAACCGGCGAAGCCUACGCCGAUGACCCGUUCGUUUGCUCCAAAGGCAGCCUGGCAAACAAUCGCACUGAACUUCAAUGGCCCGUACGCAAAAUUGGGCGGAAUUUUGAUUCUAGUGGUCGUGGAUUAUAGAUCUCGCUAUUUGUUUGCGAAGCCAAUCCGGUCCACGGGGCUUGAACACGUUAAAAAUUAUUUGGACCGAGUAUUUGAGAUAGAGGGAUACCCUCAAAAUAUCAAAACAGAUAACGGUCCCCCAUUCAACAGUGAAGACUACAAAAAAUAUUGUAGAGAACGAGGUAUAAAUGCUAUUUUCAGUACUCCUUUUUUCCCUCAACAGAAUGGCUUGGUAGAGGGUUAUAUGAAGCUUGUCAAUAAAGCUAUAGCAACGGCCAUUUCCACUGGUACGAAUUACGUCAAAGAAUUGCAAGCGGCAGUGGAAGCACACAAUGCAGCAGCCCACUGA